AUGGAUUCAUUUCUCACUUGGGUUGCACUGGGUAGCGUUAAUCUCGUAGAUCUCGUCGAUGUGCAAUGCCGAGAUCUGGUUGAUUAUGAAAAUAACUUCAGGGCUCUGAAACGUCGAGGACGCACGGUGGAGGAACUGCCCAGUGAGGUUAAAAUCGACUGCUUAACGGUUAAUUGUGUUCCAGUGAAGAAUGCGGUCGAACAAAUUUUGCAGAAUUUAUUUGAAGCUUUACUGAAUUGCUUAAGGCGUUCGGUACAGGCAGACCUUGUGACCACUGAUGCGUUCCUAUCAGAUGCCCUCGGGAAGCUCUCCGUUCGACCCCAAACUAUGGAAGAGAUGGCGAUUGCACGGGACAAGCACGAUCUGCUGACCAGAGAGCAGUCGCGUCUAGCCGAUCGUCUGGCCUGCGCGGAGGAGAAGGACAAACUCCUGCGCCACGUUUCUGGCUGCGGUGUCGAUGCAUUCAGCAAUACCAAAUCAAAGUGGGCCAAAUUCCAACUCAUGAUGGACAGCUUCAAGCUGAUGAUGAAUGAGCAAUUGAAUGUUAUGCAGUCGAACUUGGAUUCGCGGGUCAAAGCUUUUGUGGCCCAAAUGGAGCGUUUUUUCACAUGCUGGCAACAAGCACAGCCCUCCACCAAUCUUAUUGAAUCUGGGGACAGAAAGCAGUGCCUUGCUGCCGUGGAAACAAUUAAGAGCUGGAAGGAUGAAUUCGUGGAAAUGGAGAAGACUUGGAAUGAAAUUUUGUGA